AUGAACAUCAUGAAGGGAGGACGUGAAGAGAAGAUUAGCCAGAGGUCCUUACGAGCUAAACUACAACGUCGCCGCGUAAAAAAGUUGUCAGAAGAUGCAAUCCCUAUCCCUUUGGAUGUAUUAACAGUCGAUAUACUCUCGAAACUUCCGGUGAAGUCAUUAGCUAGGUUCCAAUGUGUUUCGAAGCUAUGGUCAUCUGUUAUUACGGACUUGAUCAAGACUCGGAAUUUGACGCAGCCGCGACUACUCCUUGUCUUCCAGCCUGACUUGUUGUCCCAAUGUUUAUAUUUCUCCUCGUAUACUUAUCCUGAUCCAAACACUAACCAAACAUUCAUAUCCGCUGACAAAGAGCGUGAGAUAUCUUGUGGGUUUAAUUGCCGUUUAUAUCAAUAUGUCAAUGGGUUAAUCUGUUGUUUGUCAAAUUCAAAGCAGUUUGCUAUAUACAACCCUACCACGAAACAAUCUCUUUUAUUACCCAAAGUCGUAUACGAUGGAAUGACCUUUGUUGAUGGAUUGUUUGGGUAUGAUCCAGUUGAGAAUCAAUACAAAGUGUUUUCCUUGGUGAGAGUGUAUAAUGUAGAGCCGGAAUAUACUUGUCAAGUUUUCACAUUGGGAGGUCCAAAGGAGCAGCAAUGGAGAAACAUUAACAUCAAAGACAAUUUCACUCCUAGGUGUACUAGUGAACGUAGUGUAUGCAUCAAUGGGAUUAUCUAUUACAGAUCAGUAAGAAAUGUAUUAGGGACGUUUGACGUUAGAUUCGAGAGAUUUGAUUGUAUCCAGAUGCCGGAAACUUUGCUGAAUCAGUCUUGGAGUUCGAUCACACCAGUAAACUACCAAGGGAAACUAGGAUGCAUACAUAUAAGUUAUGAAAAGAACGUUAGUGCAGAGAUGUGGAUUAUGGAAGAUCAUAUGGGGAAACAAGAAUGGUCAAAGAUUACAUUGUCCAUAACUCCUUCUCGACUAAGUUAUGUCGCUGGUGUCACUCGUAAUGGUGAGAUUGUGAUAAUGUCCAAAACCAAGUGGAUUCAUCCUUAUUCUGAUGAAACGUUAUGGGCAGACUAUUAUGAUCUUAAGAAAAACAAGACUAUAACAGUUGAAAUCAAAACGAACUUGGUAAUAAGAGAGCAAUACGGCGGACACGGAGUUCGUAUCUUUUGUGAGCCAGAUCACAUGGAGAAUACUAUGGCCUUGACGUCGUCGGGAGCACCUUUUCGGAAGAAGAAACUAGCAACUACACUGAAACUAUUAUUUUGUGCAGCUUCGGGUUGUUAG